CAGCUGGCGGCGGCGGCGGCGGCGGCGGCCGAGCGGGCGAGAAUCCCAAGGAUGAGCAAGAUCCUGUUGGGCGGCGGGGACACCUUGAGCAAAGGCCCGAGACGUCAGCGGGGAGCAGCGAGCAUAUGGCUGUGUGCGAGGAAAGAAUUUGAGACUGCGGGGCUGGAGGCUGGGCAUCGGGUUCCCCAUGACCUGUCUCCCGCCCAGGAGGUCUCAGAAAGUCCUUGGUUCCCCUGCAAGAGCAAGAGGCCGAGGGGACCCGGCAGUGCAGCGCAAGGACCAGACGCCCCCGCGAUGACCAGUUCCCCUGUCUCCAGAGUCGUCUACAACGGCAAGAGGAACAGUAGCCCCCGGUCUCCCCCCAGUAGCACCGAGAUCUUCACCCCGGCCCAUGAGGAGAAUGUGCGCUUCAUUUACGAAGCCUGGCAGGGCGUGGAGCGAGAUCUGCGGAGCCAGAUGUCAGGCAGCGAGCGGGGCCUGGUGGAGGAGUACGUGGAGAAGGUCCCUAACCCCAGUCUGAAGACCUUCAAGCCCAUUGACCUGAGUGACCUGAAGCGCCGGAACACGCCGGACACCAAGAAGUCCUGAAGGGCACUGGGGUCCCUCCCCUGGCCUCUGGGAGACCGGGUGCCGCCUCAUGGUGGUCUCCUGUGGGCCCAGCUCCUGGGAAGGGGGGGGGACGUGCGCCCGCAGGGCUGUCAACCCCAGGACCAGGAGGGGCGUGGUCAGUGGCCAGGGCUUGCCCUUCCUCCCCAAGGCCCCUCCUUUCUUCUCAGGGGCCGUCAGGCUGCCCCUGUCCCUGGGGGGGGUCUGGGCCCCGCCAGCCCCGGCUCUCCCCCUGGUUGUGUCUAGAGCUACGUGCUCUGCCCCCACCCCAGGGCCUUGACCCUGACUCCCCUCCGCUUCCCAUCACCUUCCACCGCCCCUCCCCCCCAGCUUUUCCAAGGUCAGGAAGGCAAUGAGGGCCCUCUGCUGUCCCCCGGGCUGGUGGGCCCAGGCUUGUCCCUAAGGUGGCCCGUCUCACACCCCGUGUCCCCCCCCACCCUCUGCUGCUUUUCCAUCCUGGACACAUUGGGGAGCGUCUAAUUCUUCACCCUGCUGUCCAGCCUGGCCCGUCCUCCCCUGCAUCAGCUUCAGGAUGGCAGCAGCUCUCCAGGCCUGCGAUGCCACCGAGCACCCCCCUCCACGAGGGUCCUGGGCAGCCAGGCCUACCCCCUUGCUGUGUGCGGCCCCGUGGCCCCGGCAGUCCCUUUGGACAGGGGCAUGGGGCUGAUCCUGGCCCCGAACUAUGUGCCAGGGUGGUCACCAGGGUCCCCUGUUGUUCCUGUGCCCUCCAAAAGCCAAGUGUCUAUGACUGGAGCCCAAGGGCCAGUGAAUAAAGGCAGGUGGCACUGGAUUGGCCCCUUGGUCUGUCAGGCCCCUGUCCCAGCAGCCCACUCAGGGCUGGACGUCCAGGGUCGUGCUCCAGGCUGCUGAACCCAGAAAUUCCAUCUGGUCCCUGAGUUCUUCUAGGGGGUGCUCAAGCCUCCUGGGGGGGGGCACUGGGAGGCAGAGGGUGGGGGGUUUCUGGAGGAGGGAGGCUGAGGCAGCCUUCCUGUGUUCUUCAAGGGACCAGCCCCCUCCGGGUGGGGGCCCUGGACCUACACACUGGCCCCAGGGGAAGGAUGGCCACUGGGCCCCGAGAGACCCAGGCGCACUUGACCUUCAGACCUGGAAAGCCCUGCUAGGCCAGGCCCAGAUAGCCAAACGAAUUUAUUUUGGGAACACCCUUUCCUGGAAGAGUAUUCUGAGGCCCUACAGGUGACUCCAGGAGGUGUCUUCUUCGGCAUGGGGGGGUGGUCCCCAGGGACAGGGCGCAGGAAGGACAAGUCAUGUAAUAAACAGCUGCCUGGGCUCGCUGCCAGUGGGCGCUGGCUGGUGCCGGGCCCUGAGCCAAGUCUCUAA